UGGAUACACUGGAUAAAAUGCACCGGGAAAUCAUGGCCAGGGUGCACUCGGUCAUUGUUAAUGUUCAGGAAUAUCAUAGCUACUUUAGGAAAUACAGCCACUUAUGGAUGGAUGAUAAAGCCAAAUUUAUGAAGCAGCUCCUUCUCCAUGGACGAUUUCUCCGUACUGAAGAGCUGGAAUUAUAUGCAGACUAUGAACUUCAGAAAUGCUCCCCACAGUUAAAUCACUUUAAACAACAGAUCAGCAUUUAUGAAGCCCUGCAUGAAGAAGUAAGCAAGUUUGAAAACCAGAAGAUUUUUAAUGGCUGGUUUCAGGUGGAUAUUAAGCCUUUCAAGAUAGCUGUGAUGAAUGUUAUUAAAAAAUGGAGCUGGAUGUUUCAGGAGCAUCUGCUCAACUACGUAGCCCAAAGCAUUACAGAAUUAGCCAAGUUCAUCCAUGAAACGGAAAAAGGGUUAGCUAAGAAAGUGAAUGAAGGAGAUUACGCGCUUCUGGUUGAAAUAAUGGGACAUCUCAUGGCUAUCCGUGACCGACAAUCCAUUGAAGAUAUUUUCAAGCCUCUAAAAUCCACGGCUGAAUUGCUGCGAAGCUAUGGGCAACAGCUACCAGAGCAGAUUUACACAGAACUUGAGGAAUUACCUGAAAAGUGGAAGAAUCUUAAAAAGAUUGCCUUCACUGUGAAGCAUGAAGUGGCUCCUCUACAGUCCAAUGAAGUGUCUGUUAUCAGAAGAAAAUGUGUACUUUUUGAGGUUAAACAGCAAGAGUUCAGAAACAGAUUUAAAAAUGAAGCCAUCUUUAGAUUUGAUGCUGGGAAUCCAUAUGCAUGCAUGGACAAGACUCAUAAAGACAUUGCAAAACUAGAGACAGAAAUGAAACUGCUGCAGGAAACUGCAAAGCUUUUUGAAGUGAGUGUGCCAGAAUACAAGCAGCUGAAACAGUGCCGUACUGAUGCCAUCUUGCUUAAAUCAGUCUGGGAUAUGGUGGUGUUUGUCCAGAUGAGCAUUAAAGACUGGAUGAAAACUCCAUGGAAACAAAUAAAUGUUGAGCAAAUGGAUGUGGACCUUAGAAGAUUUUCAAAGGACAUGAAGACUUUGGAUAAAGGAAUACGUGCUUGGCAUGUAUACGUGGGAUUAGAGUCAACAGUUAAGAAUUUGUUAACCUCCUUGAGAGCAGUGAAUGAACUUCAGAACCCUGCCGUCCGGAAAAGACACUGGCAACAACUUAUGGCUGCAACAGGGGUCUGCUUUGUCAUGAACGAAGACACUACACUAGGGGACCUUUUAGCUCUCCAGCUCCACAGGGUAGAAGAUGAAGUGAAACAUAUUGUGGAUAAAGCUGUGAAAGAAAUGGCAAUAGAAAAAGCACUCAUGGAAAUCAAUCAGACAUGGGGUGUUAUGGAUUUCUCCUAUGAAGAACAUCACAGCACAGGCACGCCAUUGUUGAAAUCCGACGAAAACCUUAUAGAAACACUAGAAGACAACCAGGUGCUGCUUCAGAACAUCCUGAUGAGUAAAUACGUGGAAUAUUUCCUGGUGGAGGUCAGUAGCUGGCAAAAGAUCUUAAUGGUAGCAGACAUGGUAAUUUCACUGUGGCUGGAAGUGCAGCAAACCUGGGCUCAUCUCCAGAGUAUUUUCACCAAUUCUGAGGAUAUACGGAAGCAGCUUUCAGAAGAUGCUAAAAGAUUUGAGGGGAUUGAUAAGGAUUUCAAGGAACUUAUGGCUGUGGUGGUGAAGGCAAAAAAAGUCAUAGAAGUAACAAACCAGAUGGGAUUACUUGGAAAACUGGAAGUUCUUCAACAAAGGCUCACACUUUGUGAGAAAUCCUUAGCCGAUUACUUAGAUGCCAAGAGACUCACCUUUCCAAGAUUCUAUUUUGUCUCUGCAGUGGAUUUGUUAGAAAUCAUCUCUAAAGGAACGCAUCCCAAGCGGAUUACCAGGCACUUGGUGAAGCUCUUUGACAAUGUGGCCGACCUUAAAUUUGAAGAGGACACAAACACUGAAACACAAAUGGCCAUAGGGAUGUACAGCAGAGAAGGAGAGUUUGUGGUCUUCUCGGAGCCCUGUUUCUGCAAGGGGCAGGCAGAAUGCUGGUUAAGCUCUUUAGAGGAGGCCAUGCACAGGACAGUCAAGCAGAAGAUAAUGGAAGCUGUGGCAGCCUACGAGGAUAAGUCCCGAGACCAGUGGCUGUUUGACUUCCCGGCCCAAGUGGCUUUAACCAGCAGUCAAAUCUGGUGGGCAGCUGAUGUCAGAAUGGCUUUUGAGCGGCUCGAGGAAGGCUUUGAAAUGGCCUUGAAAGAUUACAAUCGCAAACAGAUUGCUCAACUGAACGCCCUUAUAAACAUGCUGUUAGGGGAACUCACCCCUGGAGAUCGUCAGAAGAUCAUGACAAUAUGCACAAUUGAUGUACAUGCUAGAGAUGUUGUAGCCAAGCUUAUAGUUUCCAACGGACAGGCGUUUACUUGGCUAUCGCAGUUGCGUCACAGGUGGGACGAAGAGCAGAGCAAAUGCUUUGUCAACAUUUGUGACGCUCAGUUUCAGUACUUUUACGAAUACCUUGGAAACAGCCCCAGGCUUGUAAUUACACCACUGACCGACAGAUGCUAUAUUACACUGACACAGUCUCUUCACUUGAACAUGAGUGGUGCACUGUCAGGCCCUGCAGGAACAGGAAAAACAGAAACCACCAAGGACUUAGGCCGUUCUCUUGGAAUGAUGGUCUAUGUUUUCAACUGCUCUGAACAAAUGGAUUAUAAGUCAAUUGGAAAUAUCUACAAAGGUUUGUGCCAAGCUGGUGUGUGGGGGUGUUUUGAUGAGUUCAACCGCAUUUCUGUGGAGGUGCUGUCUGUCGUUGCUGUUCAGGUUAAAACUAUUCAGGAUGCCAUCCGUCACAAGAAGAAAAGAUUCAAUUUUUUAGGUGAGAAUAUUGAAUUGAAAGCAACCGUGGGGAUCUUCAUAACUCUUAAUCCAGGUUAUGCAGGAAGAACAGAACUUCCAGAAAACCUUAAAGCUCUUUUUCGACCCUGUGCAAUGGUGAUUCCAGACUUCGAACUUAUUUGUGAAAUAAUGCUGGUGGCAGAAGGAUUUGUGGACGCCCGAUUGCUUUCUAGAAAGUUCAUUUGCCUCUACAAACUUUGCCAUGAACUUCUUUCCAAACAGGAUCAUUAUGACUGGGGUCUUAGAGCUAUAAAAUCUGUUUUAGUUGUGGCUGGAUCACUGAAACGAGAAGACCAAAGCAAACCUGAAGACCAGGUUUUGAUGAGAGCCCUCAGGGAUUUUAAUCUUCCGAAGGUAGUCACUAAUGAUGCCCCUAUAUUCCUGGGCCUGAUCAACGACUUGUUUCCAUUGCUGGAAGUUCCACGGAAAAGGGAUCUGAAGUUGGAACAGCUGGUGCGCCAGUCCAUUGCAGAACUCCAUUUGCAGCCCGAGGAAAACUUUAUCCUGAAGGUUAUGCAGUUAGAAGAACUACUGGCUGUCAGACAUUCGGUCUUUGUGGUUGGAAAUGCUGGAACAGGCAAAAGCCAGAUAUUAAAGACACUACACGCGACUUACUCAAAUAUGAAGCUGAGGCCAGCAUGGAAUGAUAUCAACCCCAAAGCUGUCACAACGGAUGAACUUUUUGGGUUUCUUCACCCUUCAACAAGGGAGUGGAAAGAUGGCUUGUUUUCUUCCAUGAUGAGAGAACUGUCUAGCAUCACGCAUGAUGGCCCCAAAUGGAUUGUCCUGGAUGGUGACAUUGAUCCUAUGUGGAUUGAGUCACUCAACACUGUCAUGGAUGACAAUAAGGUUCUGACUUUAGCAAGUAACGAACGAAUUUCAUUAACACCUUCCAUGCGGCUGGUGUUUGAAAUAAGCCACCUUCGGGCAGCAACUCCAGCCACUGUGUCGCGAGCUGGCAUCCUCUAUGUGAAUACGCAGGACCUAGGCUGGAGUCCAUAUGUGACUAGCUGGAUUGAAACUCGCAAAGCACAGACGGAAAGAGCAAAUCUAACCAUCCUUUUUGACAAAUAUGUUCCUUACUGCUUGGAGCAAGUCCGCUGCAACUUAAAAACCAUCACCCCCGUUCCAGAGAACAGCAUGGUUCAGACUUUGUGUUCAUUACUGGAUUGUCUCCUGACCCCGGAGAAUGCUCCCCCAGACUCUCCUCGUGAACUCUAUGAAGUAUAUUUUGCAUUUGCAAGUAUAUGGGCCUUCGGUGGUGCUUUGUUCCAAGAUCAGCUACUUGAUUAUCGCAUGGAGUUUAGUAGAUGGUGGAUCAAAGAAAUGCGGACAAUAAAAUUUCCUUCCCAAGGGACGGUUUUUGAUUACUUCAUUGACCCGGAUACGAAAAAAUUUACUUUGUGGAGUGAGAAAAUUCCAGGCACCGAAAUAGAAGCAGAUGUCCCUCUCCAGACAGUCUUGAUUCAUACAUCCGAGACCAUUCGCUUGAGAUAUUUUGUGGAUUUGCUUUUGGAGAAGGGUCAGCCAAUUAUGCUUGUGGGAAAUGCUGGAGUUGGAAAAACCAUUCUCAUGUCGGACAAGUUUAGCAAGCUCUCAGAAGAUUAUAUGGUGGCUAAAGUCCCCUUCAAUUAUUACACAACAUCUGCUAUGCUUCAGCGUGUUCUUGAAAGGUCCUUGGAAAAGAAAGCUGGCAGAAAUUAUGCUCCUCCAGGCAUGAGAAAAUUAAUUUACUUCAUUGAUGAUCUUAAUAUGCCUGAGGUGGAUGCCUAUGGGACUGUCCAGCCUCAUACUUUAAUUAGACAGCACCUCGACUAUAGUCAUUGGUAUGACAGACAGAAACUGAUUUUGAAAGAAAUUCACAAUUGUCAGUAUGUCACGUGCAUGAAUCCCACGGCUGGAAGUUUUUCAGUAAAUCAGCGUCUUCAGAGACAUUUCUCUGUGUUUGCUGUCCACUUCCCUGGAGCAGAUGCUUUAGCAGCUAUCUACGGGAAGAUAAUGAACAUGCAUUUCCAGCAAGGGGGAUUCUGUUACAGCAUAGUGAAGUCUGUCGGCACACUUGUCCAAGCUGCCAUUUCACUGCACCAGAAGAUGACGCAGAAUUUUCUACCCACGGCCAUCCGAUUUCAUUAUAUUUUUAAUCUUAGAGAUUUGACACGCAUAUUCCAGGGUAUGCUUUUCGCAACCCCGGACUGUGUGCGGUCUCCUAUUGACUUGGUCCAUUUAUGGUUUCAUGAAUCUUCCCGAGUCUACUCAGAUAAACUUAUGGAGGAAAAUGAUAUUGAACAUUAUAACAAAGUGCUUAUUGAUACAGCCAAAAGGCAUUUUGAGGGUGUUGAUGAGCACAUAUUUAUCUAUAAGCCACUAAUUUACUGCCACUUUGCCCAUGGUGUUGGAGAACCUCGUUACUUUCCAGUAUCUGAUUGGAAGAAGCUGACCAGAAUUUUAACAGAGGCGUUAGAGCACUACAACGAACUGCAUGCAGCAAUGAACCUUGUUCUCUUUGAGGAUGCCAUACAGCACGUCUGCCGCAUCAACCGCAUUCUUGAAGCUCCCUAUGGAAAUGCACUUUUGAUUGGAGUCGGAGGAAGUGGAAAGCAAAGUCUGUGCCGCUUGGCUGCUUUUCUCAGCUCACUGGAAGUCUUCCAAAUCACCCUACGCAAAAGCUACGGGAUCCAUGAUCUCAGGAGUGAUAUUGCGACACUUUACUUUAAAGUUGGCGUGAAGAACAUCGGCACCGUGUUUCUUCACGCAGAUGCUCAGAUCCCUGAUGAGCGUUUUCUCGUAUUAAUUAACGACAUGCUGGCAUCAGGUGAUAUCCCUGAUUUAUUUAAUGAAGAUGAAGUGGAUAGCAUAGUAUCUUCUACAAGGCUGGAACUGCGGGGGCUUGGCCAGGCUGAUUCAAAAGAGAACUGCUGGCAAUUUUUUAUUGACCGAAUUCGUCGGCAACUCAAGGUUGUGUUAUGCUUCUCCCCGGUGGGUUUCACCCUGAGAGCAAGAGCGAGGAAAUUUCCAGCCCUCGUCAAUUGCACUGCCAUUGACUGGUUCCAUGCUUGGCCCCUGGUCGCUCUCCAGUCCGUUAGCACCAGCUUCAUUGACAAGAUGGAUUUACUUGAUCCUCACGUGAAGCCUUCAAUCAGCCACUUCAUUGCUUUUGCACACACAAGCGUUAAUGAAGUUAGCGUCAAAUACCAGCAGAAUGAGAAGCGUUAUAACUACACAACACCAAAGAGUUUCCUGGAACUAAUUAAACUCUACCAGAAUCUGCUAGCGAAGAAGAGAAAGGAGUUGGUUCAAAAAAUGGAAAGAUUGGAAAAUGGGCUACAAAAGCUGCAGACUACAGCUUCACAGGUGGAAGAUCUGAAGUCUAAGCUUGCCGUUCAAGAGAUAGAACUUCAUCAGAGAAACAAAGACACUGAGGCUCUUAUUGACAAAAUUGGCCAACAGACAGAAAAACUAAGUCAAGAAAAAGCCACCGCAGAUGAGGAGGAGCAGAAGGUGGCGGCCAUUCAAGCAGAAGUAACAAACCAGCAGAAAGAAUCUGAAAAUGACCUUGCCAAAGCCGAGCCAGCUCUAAACGCUGCAAAUGCUGCCCUGAACACACUGAAUAGGCUGAACCUAACUGAGCUAAGAACUUUCCCAAACCCACCUGCUAUCGUAACAAAUGUGACGGCUGCUGUCCUGGUUCUCUCGUCUCCGAGCGGCAAGAUUCCAAAGGACAGGAGCUGGAAAACCGCCAAGAUGUAUAUGAGCAAAGUAGACGAAUUCCUCCAAAGUCUCAUCAAUUUUGAUAAAGAACAUAUCCCUGAAGCCACUGUUAAAGCUGUAAAAGAAGAUUAUCUGAGUGAUCCAGAGUUCAGCCCAGAGUUUGUACGGACAAAAUCUUCAGCAGCUGCUGGUCUUUGUGCAUGGGUUAUUAAUAUCAUUAAAUUCCACGAGGUUUACUGCGAAGUAGACCAAAAACGGCAAGCCCUGGCACAGGCCAAUGCAGACUUGGUCGUUGCAGCGGAAAAACUUGAGUCAAUAAGGAAGAAGCUUAAUGAACUAAACACAAACCUGGCUGCCUUCACCACUGCCUUUGAGAGGGCGACAGCUGAGAAAAUCCGCUGCCAGGAAGAAGUGAAUAGAACUAAUAAGACUAUUGAGCUGGCCAACAGAUUAGUGAAAGGUCUUGAGUCAGAGAAUGUGAGGUGGGCUCAGUCCGUAGCUCAGUAUCAUGAGCAAGAGAAGACACUGUGUGGAGAUGUGCUUCUAACAGCGGCAUUCAUUUCGUACGCUGGGCCAUUUGCCAAACGGUAUCGGCAUGAGCUAGUUCAGAAUCUGUGGCUGCCCUUCUUGAGAACCCAAAAGGUUCCCAUUCCAAUGACUGAAGGUCUUGAUCCGAUCUCCAUGCUGACGGAUGAUGCAACAAUUGCUAUAUGGAACAAUGAAGGCUUGCCUAGUGAUACCAUGUCCACGCAAAACGCCACUAUUCUUACAAACUGCGAACGCUGGCCUCUAUUGAUUGACCCCCAGCACCAGGGGAUCAAAUGGAUAAAAAGCAGAUAUGGCUCGGAUUUGAAAGUCAUCCAUUUGAGUCAGAAAGGGUAUGUCGAUGUGAUAGAAGAAGCUAUUGUUGCUGGAGACCCUGUUUUAAUAGAAAACCUGGAGGAGUCCAUUGAUCCUGUUCUUGACCCUCUGCUUGGAAGGCACAUGCUCAAAAAAGGAAGGUAUAUUAGAGUAGGAGAUAAGGAGUGUAAAUUUCACCCUAAAUUCCGGCUCAUCCUCCACACCAAACUUGCAAAUCCCCAUUAUAAACCAGAAAUCCAGGCUCAGACCACAUUAAUCAACUUUACUGUCACACGCGAUGGUUUAGAGGAUCAACUGUUGGCAGAUGUUGUCAACGUGGAAAGACCUGAUCUGGAACACUUUAAGUCUGAACUCACAAAGCAGCAAAAUUAUUUUAAAAUUGAGUUGAAAAUGCUUGAAGAUGAAUUACUGACACGCCUUUCAGCCGCCGAGAGUAAUUUCCUUGGGGAUACCCUUUUGGUAGAGAGACUGGAAACAACAAAACACACAGCGGCAGAAAUAGAAAUUAAGGUAAUGGAAGCCAACAUCAAUGAAGUCAAGAUCAACGAGGCCCGUGAACAUUACCGCCCAGUAGCAGCAAGAGCCUCGCUUCUCUACUUCCUCAUGGAUGAGCUCAAGAAAAUCAAUCCAAUGUAUCAGUUCUCACUCAAGGCAUUUAAUGUCGUAUUUCACAAAGCGGUGCAACGAGCAGAACCUUCCAACAAUGUGAAAGAGAGGGUCAACAACCUGAUCGACUGUGUAACCUACUCUACUUUUAUUUAUAUCAGUCGCGGGCUAUUUGAGAGAGACAAGCUUACUGUCACGGCCCAAGUAGCUUUCCAGCUCUUGCUUAUGAAUAAAGAGAUUGAUGCCCGCGACCUAGAUUUCCUUCUGAGAUUUAAUAUUGACCACAGUUAUAACAGCCCUUUGGAUUUCCUCUCCAAUUCCACCUGGAGCGCAAUUAAGACAAUGAGCUUCAUGGAUGAAUUCCGUGGCUUGGAUAAAGACAUAGAAGGAUCUCCAAAACGAUGGAAAAAAGUGGUGGAGUCAGAAUGUCCCGAGAAAGAGAAGUUUCCACAAGAAUGGAAGACCAAAAGUUCCCUCCAGAAACUGAUUAUGAUGAGAGCCUUGAGGCCAGAUCGGAUGACUUACGCUGUCAGGAACUUCGUUGAGGAGAAACUUGGGAGCAAAUAUGCAGAGGGACGUAAGACUGACUUUGCAAAAUUGUUUCAAGAGAGCGGGCCUGCUUUGCCAAUAAUUUUCAUUCUAUCUCCCGGAGUUGACCCACUGAAAGAUGUGGAAUCUUUAGGGAGCAAGCUUGGCUUUACCAUUGAUUCGGGGAAGCUUCAGAACGUGUCUCUGGGUCAAGGGCAAGAGGCCAUAGCUGAGAUGGCUCUGGAAAAGGCAUCGAAAGAAGGCCACUGGGUUAUCCUCCAAAAUAUUCAUCUUGUUGCAAAGUGGCUUGACACAUUAGAGGAAUUACUGGAGAAGCACAGUGGAGGAAGUCACUCAGCCUAUCGUGUUUAUAUGAGUGUUGAACCUGCCCCCACCCCCAAAGAGCAUGUAAUUCCACAGGGAAUCUUGGAAAACUCUAUUAAAAUAACCAAUGAGCCACCAACCGGGAUGCUGGCUAAUCUUCACGCUGCAUUGGAUAAUUUUGACCAGAACAUUCUUGACCAGUGUACCCGUGAGCAGGAAUUUAAGGCGAUUCUCUUUCCACUCUGCUACUUCCACGCCUGUGUGGCUGAGCGGCGGAAAUUCGGACCUCAGGGCUGGAACAGGAAAUACCCUUUCAACAACGGGGACCUUACAAUUUCGGUCCACGUUCUGUACAAUUACCUAGAAGGGAACUCACAGGUACCCUGGGAAGAUCUACGUUACUUGUUUGGAGAGAUUAUGUACGGCGGUCAUAUCACAGACGAUUGGGAUAGGCGGCUGUGCUGUACUUACCUGGAAGAAUAUAUGCAACCCUAUCAGUUUGAUCGGAAACUGGCCCUUGCUCCUGGCUUUGUAGUGCCUUCGAACCUGGAUUACCAAGGUUACCACAAAUAUAUUGAUGAAAUGCUUCCCCCCGAAAGCCCAGUCCAUUACGGCCUCCAUCCCAAUGCGGAGAUCGAAUUCUUGACAGUGACUUCAGACAACCUGUUCCAUUCUCUGCUUGAGCUACAAUCCCAAGACUCCAUCACUGGGGAAGGAGCAUCACAGACCGUGGAAGAAAAGGUAAAGGCCAUAUUAGAUGACAUACAAGAGAAGCUUCCGGAAGGAUAUAACAUGUCUGACAUUACCUCAAAAACAGCUGAACGUUCUCCAUAUAUCCUGGUUUGCUUUCAAGAAUGUGAACGGAUGAAUAUACUAUUACAUGAGAUAAGACGUUCCCUUAAAGAGCUUGAUCUCGGUCUUAAGGGUGAGUUGGCAAUCUCUGCUGAGAUGGAGCAACUACAGACAGCUCUCUUUUUUGAUAAUCUUCCUGACACUUGGAUGAAACUGGCUUAUCCAUCAACCUACAGCCUAGCUCAGUGGUACAACGACCUCCUUCUGCGCUGCCGAGAGCUCGAUUCCUGGGCGCAGGAUCUCACCCUCCCCAGCGUCGUCUGGAUAUCAGGCUUUUUCAACCCCCAGUCCUUCCUCACAGCUGUCAUGCAGAGCCUCGCCCAUAAAAACGAAUGGCCUUUGGAUAAGAUGCACAUAACGGUGGACGUCACCAAAAAAUACAAAGAGGAGAUUACGCAGCCUGCUAGAGAAGGGGCAUACAUACACGGCUUGUACUUGGAAGGCGCUUGCUGGGAUGUUCAGGGGGGUCACAUAGCUGAAGCUUGCCUGAAAGCACCGAGAGCGGCUAUGCCUGUUGUGUUUGUAAGAGCCAUCCCCAACGACAGGCAAGAGACAAGGAAUAUUUACGAAUGCCCAGUGUAUAAGACAAAACUAAGGGGCUCCACUUACGUGUGCACUUUCCAUUUAAAAUCAAGGGAAAGGCCAGCUAAAUGGAUUCUUGCUGGUGUUGCUUUGCUUUUAAGUGUGUGAUGUUGCUUGAGUUUAAUUUCCCCAAAACUCUUCGGCAUUUCCGUUCCAUCCCCUGCUUGCUCCCUCCCUGAAGUGACUCUGUGUGCAUGCACAACACAGCAUGGUUUGGGGGUGUAUUUUUGUGUUGUUUUUUAAGACUGCGAACAUUGUGUUGCUGUAUCUAGCUGUACAUUCUCAAGUACUGUUAAGAAUGUGGGGCUUUCUCUUCUUGCCUGUUAAGAAUCAGUUAAACACCAAAGCUAUUGUUGUUAUUAUUAUAAAAUUGGUUUACCGCCCUCUUCCCGUAGAUCUCAGGCGGUUCACAACAUAAAUGACAAUAGAAAAAAAUACAUAAUUAGUGAAAGAACAAGAAUCCUCCCCGCUUGCACAACACG